AUGUCUGUGGGUCUGAAUUUUAUUAUUGAACAUUUACAAAGAAGAAUUAAACUUGAAUUUGAUGCUGUUAUUGCUGAAUUUAAAAAGGAAAAGGAAGCACUCAUUGAUAUUAAUUCCAAACUUCAUACUAGGAUUGAAGAGUUAGAACACGAAAAGAAAAGGAUUGAUGCUAGAAUUUGGGACCUAGUGACGGGAGUUAGUGAGCUAGAAAUUACCACUAGGGCUUUAGAUGAUCAAUAUGAAGAGAACAAUGCUAGAAUUGUGAAAUUAGAACAGACUCAAAAAUCGUACGAUUAA